UUCAUGUUAUGUACAUUUGAAGUCUUCAGCAGCUGUGGCGAUGGACGUGGAGAGCUCGGCCCACGAGCAGCUGAGAUUCCCCUACUGGAACUCCGUCCGCCGGAGGUUUGAUCCCGACUCCCCCUUCUUCGCUCCCGGCAACAUCGAGCGCGAACUCCUCGCCAAACAGAUUGCUUUGGAUAUAUCUGAAGAGGAAAGGCAUCAACUUGAGGAUCUUGUGGAUGAGCCCAACAGGGGUGUUUUCUGUCCUAUCGUCGGAUGCGGCGCACAAUUGACUUCUUUGAUGAACUUUGAGGACCACUACCGAACACGGCAUACCGCGUCUUGCUCUGUGUGCUCUAGGGUUUAUCCAACGUCACGUCUGCUGGGCAUACAUGUGUCUGAAGCGCAUGACUCGUUCUUCCAAGCGAAAGUUGCACGGGGCUAUGCCAUGUAUGAAUGCUUGGUCGAAGGAUGUGGUAUGAAGUUCAAGACUUACAAAGACCGGCAUCAGCAUCUGGUGGAUAAACACAAGUUCCCAACUUCAUUCGAGUUUCUGAAAAAGGCCCAUACUUCUAAGAAGCGGAGGCAGAAGAUCCAACGUAAGCAGGCCACUCAUAAGCAAGAGACUGCAGCAAAUGCUAUGGAAGUCGAAAAAGAGGGUGUCGAUGAACUUGUCUCAGCGAUUUCCAGAUUAAGCACUGCAGACUCUACUCCUUCAUCAAUCAGCUUCGGCCGCCGCCACACUCGUGGAUUGACAUUUGUCCCAAGGUCUGUCCAGCGCGAGAGAAGUUCAGAGUCCAAGAAAUAGCCUAUUGCUGCUUCCAGAAUUAAUCAGGUUAUCAAGAGCUCUUCAUCUGAUAUUCUCAACUGGCUUCACCAGUCUUGGGUUGGCUUCCUUUUGAAUGGGAUAUGACUGGUGGGAUGUUGAUAAUUCAUGGUUUGUUAGAGAAAUUUCAUACAAGCGCAUAGUUUCCGAGUUUAGCUCAUUAAGUCCUGAAGAUGAGCCUUCUGAAGAUGGCAACAGUGGAACAGAUAACUUGAAUUUCCUCUGUCAGAUGAGUGGAAAUACCAAAUGAGUUUGUUAUCAAUGAUUUCGCAGGAUUUUAUUGUUUUUUUCAACAUAUGUCGAGCUUCUUGAUGCUCCACGGCACAUGAGUUAUUGAAACCUGAAAGUGGUUCAGAAUUUUGUUGUUGACAGUAUUGGGUUUAAUUGCAUUUCGGAUCUUUCAA